UAGCUAAUACCAUACGACUACACAACUUUUCACCAUGUCUACCGGCUUCCGUCCUCGCAGACCUGCUCCGUCUGCGGUCACUGCGCCAACUACCGUCCACAUCACCAACUCCGUUCCCCUCAAAAAGGAAGACGUCCAGAGAGCGUUAGACUCCUUCCUCGAAGACACGGAAAUCAACUCAUUAGACAUGGGCGCCAGUCUCAGUACAGCUAAUGCCGAUCCAGCCGGUUCCGGCGCUGCUGCAUACUUGAGCCAGUUGAAGAGAGUGCAGAGGGAGUUAAGAGGGUUGCCUCCAAUGUUGCCAGAAAUGGCCCCAGCCUCCGAACACACAAUGAACAAGAAGAUCAGAUUCGACAACAACGAAGAUGUUGAAGAUGAUGGCGAGAUGCAUGACGCUGAUGUUGCUGAAGCCACACCAGCCGGUGUUCCGCUCUACGCCAACGGGACUAUCAACAAGGAAGAACGUAAGAGAUUGAAGAAGGAGCGCAGAAAGGAGGAAAAAAAGAAAAAGGAAAGCGAGGAAUAAACACAACAAAGCCCUCCUUUCCUGGCUCUCGCACACCCAUCGCAUUGACCAUUCAUCCAGAUUACCUGUUUAGCCACAACCAUGGCUUGUAUAAUAUUUAACGCAUCUCAUCAUGUAUUUUAG